CAUAAUGGUCUCCUCCUCCACGGCCAUCAUCAGCACAUCACAACGAAAAAAUGUACGCAUAUUAUUGGUUGGCGAUCCCGGAGUUGGCAAAACAUCCCUUAUCCUAUCAUUAGUUAGUGAAGAAUUUCCCGAAGAUGUUCCACCCAAAGCUGAAGAGAUUACCAUACCGGCAAAUGUGACACCCGAACAGGUGCCCACAAACAUUGUGGACUAUUCACACAUUGAACAGUCGGAUGAAACCCUAAAUGAAGAAAUCUUAAAAUCCCAUGUUGUUUGCAUUGUCUAUGCCGUAGAUGAUGAUGAUACCCUAGAUCGUAUUACCUCCCAUUGGCUACCGUUGAUACGUAAGGCGGUCGGUGAUAAUCAGCCCAAGAAACCAGUUGUCUUGGUUGGCAAUAAAGUCGAUUUGAUUGAAUACUCGACCAUUAAUAGUGUUCUUAGCAUAAUGGAAGAAUUUCCUGAGGUUGAAAGCUGUGUUGAAUGUUCCGCAAAGACCUUACAUAAUAUAUCGGAAAUGUUUUAUUAUGCACAAAAAGCUGUUUUGCAUCCAACAUCACCAUUGUACAUUAUGGAUGAACAAGAUCUUACGCCAGCAUGCAAGAAAUCACUGGUACGCAUAUUUAAAAUAUGUGAUAUCGAUGGUGAUAAUCUUCUAAACGACUACGAGUUGAAUUUGUUUCAAAGGCGCUGUUUCAACACUCCACUACAACCACAAAUUCUGGAUGAAGUUAAAUCGGUUAUACAGAAAAAUAUACCCGAUGGUAUCUAUAAUGAUUCGGUUACUUUAAAGGGUUUCCUAUUCCUGCAUUGCCUAUUCAUACAACGUGGACGAAAUGAAACAACAUGGGCUGUACUGAGGCGUUUCGGUUACAAUGAACAGCUGGAGAUGAGUAAAGACUAUUUAAAACCUCCACUAAAAAUACCACCUGGUAGUAGUACGGAAUUAUCGCAUAGGGGUCAACAAUUUUUGACAGCCCUAUUUGAACGUUACGAUAAGGAUUGUGAUGGUGCUCUAUCGCCCGAGGAGCAUAAAAUGCUGUUCAGCACCUGCCCCCAGGCACCAUGGUCCUACUCAACGGAUAUACGUAAAUCGUGUACGGUAAAUGAAAAAGGAUGGGUCACCCUAAACGGCUGGAUAAGUCGUUGGGCCCUAAUGACUUUGGUCGAUGUCAACAAGACAAUGGAAUAUUUGGCCUAUAUGGGAUUUAAUGUCCACGAAAAUGAUACUCAACUGGCAGCUAUACAUGUGACACGGGAGCGUCGUAUCGAUUUGGCCAAACGUCAAAGUAGCCGCUCGGUAUAUAUGUGUCAUGUUAUUGGACCAAAGGGUUCGGGGAAGACGGGCAUGUGUCGUGGUUUUCUUCUGAAUGAUGAUACCAAGUCGCUGAUUGGCAAAGAGUUUAAAACGAAUGUGACACAUUGUGUCAAUACGGUGCAGGUCUAUGGCCAAGAGAAACACUUAAUUUUACGCGACAUUGAUGUCAAACAUGCCCUUGACCCGCUGCAACCGCAAGAAAUCAAUUGUGAUGUAGCCUGUUUGGUAUACGAUUCCUCAAAUCCUCGUUCAUUUGAAUAUAUUGCACGCAUUUACAUUAAAUACUAUGCCGAAAGUAAAAUCCCCGUCAUGAUAGUUGGCAGCAAAUGUGAUAUGGAUGAACGUCGCCAGGAUUAUCUGCUGCAGCCAGAUGAAUUUUGUCAAAAAUACAAACUAUUGCCACCACAUCGUUUCAGUCUGAAGAAUAACAAAAAGGAAUUAUAUGUAAAAUUGGCAACCAUGGCGGCAUUCCCACGCUUUCAAGCCGCAUGGAUAUUAUUUUACAAGCACAGGUUGGUACAGCUGUGGGAAUCGGCUCAUUUACGUCAAUUUGGUCUUAUGACAGAGGAUCCGACAUUAUGGUGGAAAGCUGGUUUGGGUGUAGCUGCUGCCACAGUUUUGGGUUUUGUGGUCUUAAAGGCUGUACAUGGCCUAACAACACCAACACGUUAAA